AACCCUCAAUUCGACGAGUAAUCGGACCACAAAGGGUCAAUUUCGCCAUUGAGGACGAGAAAUCGAAGGGUUUUUUUUUGUUCUAUUUUUAUCCCCAAAUUAAGCGGUAUUUUAUAGUGAUCGGAGUGCGGAAACCCUAGAAAAGAGGGUUUUGAUCAUCUCCCAUUUAUUUCUGUUGCCUAUAUUCACUGUUGGCAGUUCCGAGAAUGGAGUCUUCGGCGAUUACAAGAUAUAUCCCUCAGAAAUCCAAGAAAAGAGUGUUUCCAGGGAGUAGUUCAGCGUGUAUGGAACCUGAAGUGAUCGAGAUUGCUCCUCCAACGCAUAAUCGGACAUCGAAAUCGAAGGCUAAGGCGAUUGAAUCAAAGGAGAUUGUCUAUCAUGAAAUCAUUGAUGUUGACAUGGAUGAAGACCGCAAUGAUGUAGUCUUUGUUGAAGGGAAGGUUGAGUCGAACAAAAAGAUGAAGGCCAUCUCAUUGGGUUCUAGUAGUGCAACACAAUCAGAUGCAACGGACAUGGUUCACUCGAUGAAGAAGGCCAAGUCAAAUAAAGGGAAGGAUGUCGUUGCAAUCAUGUCACUGAAUGCGAGUAGUGUGUCACAACUAAACUCAGUGGAUCAGGGCCAUUCUUCGAAGGGCUUUGCCCUAGGAUCAGAUAACUUCUUUGAUUUGGAUGGUGUGGGGUCUGAUGUGUACGCUGAUGAUUAUGUUUUCGAGGAUGAUUAUUUGACUUUGCAAUCUCAUUUUGAUAACAUGGAUCUCCCUUCUGGUAUCGAAGUUCCUAUUCCCUGGUUGCCGGAUACAGUCAAAAUGAACAAGAUGGCAUUUGCAAAUCCGUUGGUAACUUCACAUACACCGUUUGAUCAAUUUGGGUCAUCUGCCAGGCUUUCUAGAAGUAAGAAAAAGAAUUCAGCUGGUCGGAGCGGUUUCUCCAAGAAUGUUCCUCCUAUUGAGAUCCCACACAAAAUUCAGCACCUAAACUUCCCGAAUUAUACAUACGACCAAUUAGGCGAUAUGAACGCGGCUAGUACCGGUUCUUAUUUUUCUAAUAUUUCUAAUCCUAUAGUGGGUAGUACCACUUCUUCGAGUUUCUCCCUCUUGCCUCCUCUAGGAGUAGAAACACCAAUAUCUGAAUGGCAUAAGUCGAUGAUGAAGACGCAUAUGGAGCUGAAUGAUGCUCUUUCAGGUGGUGUUAUUUUACCUGAAUCUACUGAUAGUAUAUAUCAUAUGGAAAAUAUGUUAGUGGGCCCGGAUGCUGUAAAUAGCCCGAGAAGUUCAAGUUUAGUUGGGAGUUCCUCUAGCAUGGCAAAGCGUGAUAAUGAAGAUGUCCUGAAGAGGUAUGAAAGCUUCAAGAAGUUUGAUACCGUGUUGGACCAUUCGGAUCAUUUUUUUUCGAAACAGCGAUCAGCAGUGAAGCAGCCUCCAAAAAAUUGGGCUAAAAAGAUACAAGAUGAGUGGAGGAUUCUUGAGAAAGAUUUGCCUGACACAAUAUUUGUUAGGGUUUAUGAAUCAAGAAUGGAUCUUUUAAGAGCUGUAAUUAUCGGAGCUGAGGGAACUCCAUAUCACGAUGGUCUCUUCUUCUUCGAUAUCUUUUUUCCGAGCAGCUAUCCUAGUGUCCCACCGCUUGUGCAUUAUCACUCUGGCGGGCUUCGUAUCAAUCCGAAUCUAUACAAUUGUGGGAAAGUUUGUUUGAGUCUUAUAAACACGUGGACUGGUGGCCCGAAGGAGAGGUGGAUACCCGGUACUUCAACUAUGCUCCAAGUUCUUGUUUCGAUACAGGGUCUGAUCUUGAACACAAAUCCGUACUUCAACGAACCUGGAUUUGCAAAUACGAAUGGCUCUGCGUAUGGCGAAAAACGUUCUAUUGACUAUAACGAGAAAACCCUCAUCUUAUCGCUUAAAACGAUGGUGUAUACUAUGAAAAAACCACCCAAGAACUUCGAGGAUUUGGUGAUUGGGCAUUUCCGUAAUCGUGUACGCGAUAUCCUGAUGGCGUGCAAAGCGUAUACGGAAGGUGUGCAGGUCGGGUGUCUUGUGAAAGGAGGCGUACAAGAUGUAGACGAGGGUGGCAAAAGCUGCUCGACCGAGUUCAAGAACAAUGUGGCCUCAUACGUUAAGGUUCUAAUAAGCGCGUUUAAAGAAAUCGGAGCAAAAGAAUCCCAAGAAUUCAUCGGUUUAAGCGAAAAGAUAAGUCGACCGGCUCCUGUUCCGGCAGCAUCUGCCCCAACUCUUCCUGCUGUUCAUCCUCCUGCUUAUUCUACCUUCCCUUUUGCACCCAUAUCUGCUGCUGCUUAUAAUCAUUAUUGGUGAAACAGAUGUCAAUCUGAUCAUAAUGGCUGAAAUCUUGGAUGGAUGGUUUUAUGUUCGGAUCUUAUAUGA